CCUCGGGGGGAGGGAGCGAGCAGCCGCCCGGUCCCUUGUGUCUGGCUGGGGCUAAAGCAGGAGAGCGACGCUCUUUGGGGGGUCCUUUUCCCGGGGGGGUGGGAGGCUGUGGCUGGAAGGGCAGGCAGCGGCUGGCAGGGAAGUGAAGUUCUGCCCCUCAUUUCUUCCUGCAAACGCUGUGCUUGGCAGGGAGCGUCCGUCCUCGCUGCGCCGGUGCGGCUGGUGCCGGGCGGGCAUCUGCUGCGGAACGCGGAGCAUCCCACCUGCAUCUCCCCGGAGAAGGCCUUGUGCGGGCCUCCGUCUCCCCGUGGAGAGCCAGCGGCGCGCCGGGCUCCAGGCUGCUGCGGCAAGAUGUCGGUGACGUUCGAGGACGUGGCCAUCUACUUCUGCCCCGAGGAGUGGGCCGAGCUGGCGGGCUGGCAGCGGCGGCUCUACCGGGAGGUGAUGCUGGAGAACUACCAGGCGGUGGCCUGGCUGGGCUGGUGCGCCGUCAAGCCGGAGAUCAUCUGCAAGAUGGAGCGAGAAGAGACGCCGUGUGUGCCAGAGUGCCCUGGGGCGCGGCGGAGGCACCGCAGCCCUGAGCCAGCAGACGGUGAUGUCCCGGUGCAGAGGGAGGUCAGUGGUGUCCCAGAUGUCCUGAUCACACCCACAGCCCUGCUCCCGGGGAUGCCUGAGCAGGACAGAAAGCGGUCGCGGGUCCUUAAGGCUAAUCUGCUGCUUGCCCAACUCCCAUGCAAACCCACGGCCCCCAAGAGCCCCCACACUUGCGCCGAGUGUGGAAAGAGCUUCAGUAAGGUCCAGGACCUGAAGAAGCACCAGCAGAUGCACACGGUGGCACGACGCUUCUCCUGCCGGCAGUGCGGCCGCCGCUUUCGGCUGAAGAAGUUCCUGGUGUCGCACCAGAAGGUGCACGGUGGGGAGAAGCGCUUCGGCUGUGUCAACUGUGGCAAGCGCUUUGCUCAGAAGCAUCACCUGCUGAGCCACCAGCGAGUGCACACCGGUGAGAAGCCCUUCACCUGCAGCCACUGCGGCCACUGUUUUGGCCACAAGAACAACCUGUUGCGCCACCAGCAGGUCCACAUUGAUGAGCGCCCAUUCCCCUGCACCCGCUGCCCCAAGGCCUUCUGGCACAAAAAGUCCCUCACUCUCCACCAGCGGAUCCAUGAUGGGGAGCACCCCUUCACCUGCCCCUGCUGCCACAAGGCCUUCAGGGACAAGCAUGCCGUCACUGUCCACCAGCGGGUCCACACCGGGGAGCGCCCCUUCACCUGCAGCCGUUGCCCCAAGACCUUCAGGGACAAGCAUUCCCUCACUAUCCACCAGCGGGUCCACACCGGCGAGCGUCCAUUUGCCUGUGCCCGCUGUCCCAAGGCCUUCAGGGACAAGAAGACCCUCACCGACCACCAGCGGGUCCACACCGGGGAGCGCCCCUUUGCCUGCACCAGCUGCCCCAAGGUCUUCAGGGAGAAGAAGGCCCUCACCAUCCACCAACGGGUCCACACUGGGGAGCGCCCCUUUGCUUGCAGCCGCUGCCCCAAGGCCUUCAGAGAUAAGAAGUCCCUCACCAUCCACCAGUGGGUCCACAACGGGGAGCGCCCCUUCACCUGCAGCCAGUGCCCCAAGGCCUUCAGGGACAAGCACGCCCUCAACGACCACCAGUGGGUCCACACCGGGGAGAAGCCGUACAAGUGCAGCAAUUGUGGCAAGUCCUACAGCCAGAAGCAGCACCUGAAGAGACACCAGCGGGCGCACUGUGGCCCGCCAGUGGUUCCGGAGGGCAGCGAGCGUUAGCGAGGGUGUCCAUCCCUGCCAGGGGAGUGGGUGGAGGCCAAACCCUUACAGUGCAGCAGCUGAGAGAAGUGGUUUUGGGACCCCUUGUCCCUUCUUACCAGGGGCUUUCUGCCACCUCUGCCUUCGUCUGGCACCCAGCCGCCUGCCGGCCAGGCCGCCCAUGACCACGGGCCUUCCCGGGAGCGGGUGCAGACGGAGGGUGAGCGCUGGGUGGCCAAAAGGCAUCGCCCCCACCCCGGGUUCAGCGGCUGCCGUUUGCAGGAGGGUGUGCGGGAAGGAAGGGCUUCGGGCUGCGUUUGUCCUGAGGAGGAAAGCGGUGCCCGGGAGCUUGCCUGCUGCGGGGAGCAGAGACCGGCACGGAGCAUCACGCGUGUUUGAGGACCCGUGUAGCCACGGCUGGGAGCCAGCUCCGUCAGACACCUGCGGUGGCCUCGAUGAAGUAAAAAGCAUCGUGUCUGUGUAAGCGGUGGCUUCAAGCGGUUCCUUGAAGCAGUGUCCGCACCUUUAUAAAAGCUUUUGGGAAGGACCACGCAAGUGGUGUGGGCUGAUGUGUCCCUGCGGGGAGCAAAGGUGCCGUUCCGUUGCCUGAUGGGGCUUGUGGGUGUCACAGCCAGCCACGAGCAGGUGUCUGCACGCGGGUGCGGGGUGUGCCACCACUGCCAUGGGGAAGCUGCCACCGCAGUCACUGCGGAGCUGGCACACCAUUCAGUGGCCCUCACCUGGGUGUUCCAGAGAAUCACAGAAUCGUGGGGUUGGCAGGGCCCUCUGGAGCCCAUCCCGUCCCACC